AUUCAGGUGGACGUGUUCCUCCAUUUAUGAUAUAAUAAUUUAACUCAAUUUUUGGCACUGCGAAGACAAAUUUUCAAUUGAGAUGCCUGUUUUUUAAAUGAAAUUGACAUAAGACCUGUCACCCGCUAGUACCUCACAGACCCGUACCACGUGAUUUUUUGACAUUCGGACGACGUCACCUCCGUCUCGCGAAAAUUUGAGUAUCGGUUCCCGGUAGUGCACUGUGCUACACCGUGGGUUCGCGAAAAAAUCCUUACAAUACUAUCGAUUGACAGCCUAACCUCAAACAAAUACAAAUCGAGAAUCAAAAUAAUUUUGGCGCCAAUCUAUGCAAAUAACAAAAAUAAUCAUGCAGGCAUUCUUAAAAACCGGAAAAUUAGACAAAACUCAACCAAAAAGUGGUGGUACGUCAAAACCCACAAAGAAAUCUGAAUUAGUACCUUGGGUUGAGAAAUACCGGCCAAAAACUGUAGCUGACGUUGUAGAACAAAACGAAGCAGUUACUGUGUUGGAACAAUGUAUCUCGGGCGCAGAUUUACCAAAUCUCCUAUUCUAUGGUCCCCCAGGUACAGGAAAGACGAGUACCAUCCUAGCAGCUGCACGACAGCUAUUUGGGGACAUCUACAAAGAAAGGAUACUAGAGCUUAAUGCUUCAGACGAAAGGGGAAUUCAGGUUAUCAGGGAAAAAGUCAAGACUUUUGCUCAUUUGACAGCUUCUGGAACCAGACAAGAUGGAAAGCCAUGCCCACCAUUUAAAAUCAUCAUACUGGAUGAAGCAGACUCGAUGACACAUGCCGCUCAAUCCGCCUUGAGAAGAACCAUGGAAAAAGAGACGAGAACCACUCGUUUCUGCCUGAUUUGCAACUAUGUAUCACGCAUCAUAGAACCUCUAACAUCCAGAUGCACCAAAUUCAGAUUCAAGCCGUUGAACGAGUCGAUGAUCCUCGAAAGGCUCAGCCUCAUUUGCAAAGAAGAAGAUGUGAAUUGUGAUGAUGAAACGUUGAACCUGUUAGUUCAGACCUGCGGCGGUGACAUGCGACGAGCAAUCACUUGCUUACAGAGUUGCGCUAAAUUGAAAGGUCGCGGUCAGAAGAUUGAUCCGGAUACUGUGCUGGAAGUCACAGGGGUAGUGCCAGACAAGUGGUUGAAAGAAUUUCUUGAUACUUGCAAAAGCCAAGAAUAUGGCGAACUGGAAAAAUUCAUAAGAAAGCUGAUGUUAGAAGCAUAUGCAGCAUCUCAGAUUUUGGUGCAGCUUAAUGAAAUGUUGGUAGUUAAUGAUCAGUUCAAUGAUAAGCAGAAAGCUUUAAUUGGCGAAAAACUGGGGGUCGUCAGCUAUCGUCUGCAAGAUGGAGGCUCUGAAUACAUUCAGUUGCUGGACCUUGGAAAUGCUUUAAGCAAGGCGUACUCUCUCGCAUGAUUUAAUAUAUUUUGUAUUUUUAUCUAUAAGGCUACAAAACAGUAUUCCUAUUUUUCAAUAAAAAAUAAAUUUGAAA